GGUGGUGUAUAAUGAAGUCGCCGCUCGUGCCGAUGUGUGUGCUUACUCAGCAAACAUGCGUCGUCAUUAGAACACAAAGUGUGCUCACGUGCCCAAGCAGCGUGCUCUCUCUAGCUAGCUAGCUACAGAGUUUCUCUAGCAAGAGAGCAGAGCUGCGGCCGACAGAGCGUAUAGAGAGGCAGUAGAUAGGAAUGCUAUCCAAGAGCGCUCUCACGUUUUGGCGGGAGUUUUUCGCAUACAGACAUUCAGAAAGAGUUGGACAACAGUCAGGCUGAGAUAGCACAAGAAGCAGGAUGACUCGGAGACCUCCAGGAAAAACUCAUCGAGCUGAUCAGAGAUUUCAGAAGAACGCUUCUCGAGGAGGUUCGUGGAAGGUGUCCCCCUCCUGAAGUCGUUCCAGGCCGAGAUUGACGCUCUGCUCUCGCAGGAGUCAGGCCGCUGGAGGCCGCCUUUUCGUCUCAGCCUACAGAGAACCAUUGAGAUCCCUGACCCCAUUCCGGUACUGGAACAGGCGGUGGCGGUCCAGCAGAGACUCCAGUCUGCUCAGGACCACGAGGUCCAGAACUCAAAGCUGAGAGAGACACUGGAGGAAUACAAGAUCUUGAGUUUGCCCAGGUCAAGAGCCAGGAGGUGACUAUCAAUAGACUGAGGGAAAAACUGAAGGAAAUGGAGCAAGACCUGGAGGGAAAGAUGGCGGCCAGAGCCAUCGAGCAAGAAGCGGAGAUCCUGAAGACAUUUCAAGAGAGAGAGAGAGAACUCAAGAGCUCAUCUGCCCAGGCACUAUCACGACUGGCUGAGGCUGAGUCCAAAGUGAGGACACUGCAGUCGGCCCUGGAGACCACUCAGUCUGAGCUUCUGGAACUGAAGAAUAAGUUUGAUGAAGACGCCCACGCCAAGUCCUCUGAACUGGAUCUACUUGUUGUGGACCUCGAAAGAGCACACCAGAAAGCAAUGGCGGCUGAAAGAGAGUUGGAGCACGUGAGACAGACUGCCGGCUCUCUACCCACCGACACAUCACGGGAAAAGGCUCAGUCCGAGAGAGUGGAGCUGGAAUUGGAGUUGCAAGCCAGAGAGAAAGAGAAUGCGCGACUGGUGGAAGACGGGGCUAAGUUACAGACCACACUAUCUCGCCUUAGAGAAGCCUCUACCACUCAGAUCCACUCUCUGGAACAGCAACUGGCUGAAAAGACGGAACUGCUGAGGCAGGUCGAAGCUCAACUAGCCUCCCAGUCAGACUACGAGGAGAUAAAGAGAGAGCUAGAUGUCAUAAAAAUGAUAGAGUUUUCUGCAAAGUCUUCAUCCUCCGAUAGUGCAACUGGUGCUGAAGCUCCACACCCCUCCAAGCCUCUCGAGGUGCUUUUAUUGGAGAAAAACCGAGCACUGCAGAAUGAAAACAUGUCUCUCAAGUUGGAGCUGUCAGAACUCAGAGGUCACUUCUCAUCUCUCCAGACACAGCACUCGGAUGUACUGCACACCCUGCAGGAGCAAAAGGAUCUGAUUGGUCAACUCGAAUCUGAUCUUCUUCGAGCUCAGCCCUACAUACCACAGAGAACAGAAAGAGAGGGUCAAGCCACCGGUUCUUCUUCUGCCAGCAUAAUGUCUGAGGUCCUGCGGGAUGUGGGAGGAGGGGGAGGGAGAGAGACGGUGGUGGGCAGUGAUGGCGGGGCUGACUCCCUCCUCCUGAUCGUCUCCGGUCAGAGAGAGCGUUUCAGACAGAGGAACGUGGAGCUGGAGGCUGAGUGUCGUCAACAUCGCACCACAGUCUCGGUCCUCCAGAGAGAGGCCGACGCCCUCAGAGCCGACAACGUGAAACUGUACGAAAAAAUCAAGUUUCUCCAAAGCUACCCCGGAACACGUAAGUCAGUGGAUGACAGAGACACCCUCACUAGAUACUCGUCAGAGUACGAGACACAGCUGGACCCUUUUACCGCCUUCAGUGCUCAGGAGAGGGAGCGAAAGUACAGACAGCUCAGCGGACCAGACAAAGCCACUCUCGUACUGGGGCGUUUCAUACUCUCAAACAAAGUUGCGCGAAUGGUUGCCUUCUUCUACACUCUCCUCCUCCAUCUUCUCGUCUUUCUGGUUUUGUUCAAGUUGGCCGGUAUGCAGUCGUUUGAACGCAACAUGUACGCUGAAUGCGCCAAAAGGUUUACAGAGCACAUGCAACUCUUUCAUCCAGAACACGUAGAUGACGUUCUAAGGACUUUUGAAGAAAUGAAACAGUUAGGAUAGCACACCGACCCAUUAUUAUAACAAAUCUCACUCUCUCAAACUGUUGUUAUCUCCAUGAGCACAAAUCCACCAAUGAAAAUGCUGCUGUUAGUAAUCAUAAUAAUAUUGCGCAUAAUUUGGUAUUUCCUGUUUUGUUGUUGUCAUAAUGAGCUACGUAUGUGAUUUACUCACUGCACUCAGCACUGGCAAUGAGUUAUAGUUACCACUUGGAGUGGGGAUGGUGUAGUAUUGAAGGGUUUCUAA